AUGCUUGCGAUCAUGGACUCGUGCGCGUCGUUGACUGAUUUGAUUCCAGCAGGUGCCACUUCUGUGUGGGGCCGGGAGUUGCUGAAUGGUGCAGAACCCAAGAGACCACAUUCGGGGAGAGCGCAGGAGAAACAACCUAGGAACAGCACGCUCCAUGUUGAAGAUCUGUGGUCUUUGACGAUUCCGGAUGAAAUUCUGGCUGGAGAGGCCCCGCGUGGAGUAGUAGAAGCUGGACGAAGUCGACACUUGGCUGCAGAACAGAUCCAUGAGCCGAAAUACCGGCCGAGAUCAGUCAACACCACGAAGACCACGAACUCCAUCUCGUCCGCCAAGAUCACCAACUCCGAACCGAGCAUCGGUCACGCCCGAGGUGCAUAUUGGACAAACUCAGGCCGACAGCAGUACCGUGAGCCACCACGUUGCCAAGAACCUGCUCGAAGCUCAGGUGCUGCAUGGCUGAAGACAGGAGCCUGGCAACAUUAUGAACAGCUGGUGUUGGCGGACCCUGGCAGUGCUCCUGGCGAGUUUAUUAGCAUGGCAGGACCUCGUUUGAGGUUGCCCAGUGCGCCCGGGAACUUUUCUAUUGGCCGCAAAGCAUGUUGCCAGCUGGUCUUGCCGGAGUCCUACGCCUACGUCAGCGGUGAGCACUGCCGCUUGAAACUUGUUGAGGGAGCAAAUGGAAACUCGCUGGUGCUUGAAGACCUGAGCGGAAACGGGACUUUCAUCAACGGCAGAAAGGUGGGGCGAGGAAAGAUCCAAAACAUCAACAUUGGUGAUGAGAUCUCAUUGGCGAAGCCAACCCGGAAGGGUGGAGCCAUAAAGUUUCACGUGGAGGUCUGUGAUGGCCUUACUCCGCCAGCGCAUACAGUGCCGGCAGCUCCGCCUGCCUGGGCGGCGACACCCCCACAAAAGCCUCCAGAGGCGCGAGUCACGCCACCAGCCACUCCUGCUGCUGUUUCCUUGGCAUCUGCCAUGGCACGGGACGCUCAACAGCGGGAGGAAGACUGCCGCAUCCUUGAGCAGCGAAUCAAUGCAGAGAAGGGCCGCUGUGCGCGGCUAGAGGAGGAACUGAAGGAGGCACAGAGGCUUUUGCAGAAGGCAGACUUUCGUGGGGCAGUGCGGCACGAGGUCCAAAGAGACUGCGAGGAACUACGAGAGAGUUUGCGCCGUGUUGCAGAGAGCCAGCCGUUAGAGCGGGCUCGGCUGGCAGCUGCUGAGGCUGCAAGGCACGACCGAAGAGAGUGUGCACGGCUUCGAGCGGAGCUGCAAGAGGAACAGCGCUGUGCACAACAGGCCGAAGAGGAGAACAUGCGACUGCGGAAUGAGGUACAGGAAGCUUCAAAUCGCACCCUGCACCUUGAGGCCGAGGUCAAACGAGAGGCCGACUUCAAUGCAUCCUUGGAGGAGCAAGCAGCUGCCGCGUGCAAGGAAUGGUGCAGGUCCAGGGAAGCUGUCUCCGUUGCAAGGAGAAGGCUCGAGGAUCGGGGUGCAGCUUUGACCACACUUCGUACUGCGAUGCGAAACUACCAUCAGAAGGUCAGUGACCGGCUUGCAGCACUGGAGCGGUGCUUGCAACAGGUGCAAAGUCACAAAAAAAAAAUCUGGCCCAGUUUUGGAUGUUUCAUAUAA